AUGCGCAUCGAUGGCUUCGAGCUGCCCUGUACGGCCACGGCUGUCUUCGUGCUGCACUACGUCUUUGUGGACACCUUCGCGGUCGGCGCCGCCCGCACUCCGUAUCAACUGAAGUAUCCUUUCACCACAGAGACCGAAGAUGCAAAAAUGCUGGAGCCGUUCAUCCGAGCUUUGCGAGCACAGCAAAAUCAAGUGGAGCAGGCUUGGGCUUUCUUCCUGGCAAUGUGGGUGUGCGCCGUGUUUGUGGAUCCGAUCUUUGCCGGGUGUUGCGCUUGGAUCUGGGUUCCUGCCCGCAUGGCGUACGGCUACAUGUACCGCGUCAGCCCGAGCCGGAACCGGCUGAUGUGGGCCACGGUGCCCGCCUACCUGGCCCAGGCCACGGUCUGCGGAGGUAUCCUCAGCUCCGCACUGCCUCUGGCCCAUCUUGUGUCCGUGACCACAUCGACACUCAUCGUUGUGGCCUUCGGAGCCUAUGGCUGGCUGGUCUACCGCCCCUGGUUUGGCAGCUUUGUCGUGGAAGAGAAGAAGCGCCUGCAAAAUCAACUUAUCCCAAGCUAA